GUUCUUGCGACGGGCAGCUCGGCUGAGCCAUAGCGCAUCCAUCCAUGGCAAGGGGCUUUGACCCCGAUGAUGAUGAGGCAUACUUCCGAGAUGAGGAGGUGCCGACAGGCAGAACGACCCGGGUUCGACUCAACGAGCCUGUUGCCACUACAGAGGACGAUCCCCUCGAUGCCUUCAUGGCAGAGAUCAACUCUGAGCUCGCCAAGUCUGCAGGCUCCGAGGCCUUCGAGAGCAAGAUGCAGAAGGCACAGGCAAUGUGGGAGAACGACACCGAGGACUUCGUGGCUUCCUACUACGAAGCCUACGAGAAGGCCCCUGUGCAAGCAGACGAGGAGGAGGAAGAGGUGGAGGAGGCAGGUGAUCGCCGGAAGAAGCCCAUCGAGCCUUUGCCGGCGGUGGACCACUCGCAGAUCAAAUACAGUGCUGUGCAGACCAACUUCUACACGCCCCAUGCUGAGGUUGCCAAGAUGACCAACGAGCAGGUCGCGCAGCUCCGGGUAGAGUUGCGCGUGAGUUCAACUGGCUCCAAUAUCCCACCGCCCUCUACCUCCUUUGCCCACAUGGCGCACAUGCUGGGCCGGGAGAUCAUGGAGGCGGUGCGGCAACAUGGGUACCACCAACCCACUCCCAUCCAGGCUCAGGCAAUGCCUGUUGCUCUCUCUGGUCGUGACAUCAUUGGCAUUGCAGAGACGGGCAGUGGCAAGACUGUGGCCUACCUGCUGCCGAUGCUAGUGCAUGCCAUUGCACAGCCGGAACUGCAAAAGGACGACGGGCCCAUAGGUGUGGUGCUCUGCCCAACGAGAGAGCUAGCGGUCCAGAUCGAAACUGAGACCUACAAGUUCAACAAGCACUUGGGUAUGCGCAGCAUCACCCUGGCCGGAGGCUUGAGCAAGUUGGAGCAGUUCAAAGAGGUCAAGCGCGGUGCUGAGAUCGCCAUUUGCAAUCCUGGCCGGCUGAUUGACGUUGUCAAGAUGAAGGGCUGCAAUCUGCAGCGAUGUACAUACAUUGUUUUAGAUGAAGCUGACCGCAUGUUCCACAUGGGCUUCGAAUACCAGGUUCGAUCAAUUGUGCAGAACAUUCGCCCGAGCAGGCAAACAUUGCUUUUCUCAGCGACCUUCCCGCCAAAGAUUGAGAAGCUUGCCCGCGACAUUCUCCACCAGCCGGUGCGCAUCACCAUUGGCGAAGCAGGGCAGGCCGCUGCCAAUGUGCAGCAGUCCGUGGAGGUGUUGAAGAACGAGGAUGAGAAGUGGGCCUGGCUCUCAAAGCGGGUGGACGGCAUGCUGCAGAAGGGCCAGUUGUUGGUUUUCGUGAAGUCCAUCGCAAGCGCUGAAGAGCUUUCGCAGAAUUUCCAGGACUUCUUAGGGAAGAAGACGGAGUUCUUGCACGGUGAUUUGGAUCAAGGAGAGCGCAUGCGCAUUCUCAAGAACGUAAAGAAGCGUGUGGUGGAUGUGCUCAUUGCCACUGAUGUGGCUGCCAGAGGGCUGGACCUCCCAAGCAUCGCCACGGUCGUGUCCUAUGAUGCAGCGAGGGACAUCGAGACGCAUACUCAUCGCGUGGGUCGCACUGGCCGUGCCGGUGCGUUUGGCGAGGCAUUCACCCUGCUGACCAGCGAUGAGCAGAACAAGAAGAUGGCAGCCCUUUUGGCGGAGAACUUGGAGCAAGCAAACCAAAAGGUGCCUGAGGACCUCAAGGGGCUGGCGAUGAAGUACGGGCCGUUCAGAGCCGCCAAGCUGGAGGGCCGAAGCUUCUUGGGGAAGAAGAAGGGCGGCAAGGCGGAGAAAUCUGCCUUCGGCAUUGGCUUCGAUGCGGUCACCAGACAGAAAGAAACUGUGCAGGAGCUUGCCAAGCGCUUGGACAAGGAAGCUGACCAGCUGGCGGCGCUCAACCGCCAAAAGAUCGCCGGCAAUCCUCGUCAAGGACUUCAAGGAGGUAAUCGGCUUAUGGCCAAAAGCGGGUUCGUGGCUGCGUCUCUUGCCGAGCCUGAAGCACCAAAUGAGGCUACAAAGCAAGAUGAGUCCUCAGAUGAAGAUCUGUUUGCUCCCGGCGUGACUAGCGCCUUUGGCAAGACGCGACAGGCACCCAGGCCAAGCGUCGUGCAGCAGCCAACCGUCAUGCAGCAGCCGCCGCCAGCUGUCGGCGCUCGGCCCAUGGUGAGCACUGCUGCACUGCUGAGCGCCAUGCAGCCACCAGUGCAGCAAGGCUUCAGUGACGGGCCCUUCGCGGCCUCCACUUCGACCAGACGAAGUAGGUCCCGGAGACGGAGCCGGUCCAGGCGGAGAUCUCGGUCGCGCCGGCGCCGGUGAGACGCGGAGAGCCAAAAAGCGGUCGGCUAGGGCAGGGUUGCACAUGUUAAACCUGAUUGAUCCUUUCUCAGGCUCUGUUGUAAUACACCGCA